UUACCUUCACCCAUCCUCCGUGGGCUGUGACGAGUACAUACAGAAGGUACAAGUCUAUUUCGUGGCCAUUUAUCUUCGGUAUUUUACGAAAUGGAGUCCCUCGGGCUUCAUGGAAUUGCCUUAGGUCUCUUAUAAAACCUUCACGUUCCCGUUGGUAUGUGACUGGGUCCUUGUUGAGAAUUUUGGCCAUAUUAGCACUAAAUCACUUCUGUUUACAACAUCACACGUGUUUCAAAGAUAUAUUUAUCCAUCGAAAGUCCCGAUACGCGCGACGCGGACAUCGGGAAGUGUAGAUUCACCACAGAAAGAUAGCAGUUGGGGCACAACCGCCGAGGGUAUUGUUCGACUCCCGCACAAGUAGGAUUGACUCACUUUCCGAACCCCUGUGCACUCUCGACGUUGCAACCGAGGUCUGGUUCCAAUAAUACGCAAAACACGCAUAAAAAUUCUUUCUCACGUAAAUCUAACAUUUUGUAUAUACAACUGCACCUUUAGAUACCUUUCUAAUCGGGAAUUCAUCGAAAUACACCAAAUACGUAACACUUCCAACCUCUGCACGUUUCUCACUAUGCAUAAUGUCACUCAGUCAAAAUGGCGGCAGCCAUUAUCCUUUAAAAACGCGGAUAGAUACUUAUUUUCAGAGUUCUCGAUAACAUAACCACAUAUUUUCACUUCCACUUUUUGUAAGUAACAUGUGUAGUUAAAAACAAAUAACACGCCACUUCACACACCUCAUCACCUUUAGAAGGUUAGAUGUACGCUUGCUGGCCGGGCAGUCCACGCUACACAUAGUUAGUUAUAUUUCUUCGCACAGAUGUCGUUAGCAGUCAUACCCCAUGCAACGUGUUCAUAAUAGCGUGCUGAAGCUGGGGGAGGAAAAGACACCAUAAAGAAGAUAAUUAUCGCCGUAGACAAUGGAAUAAAAUUCCGAAAACGAAGGAUUUGGAUCAGAUUGAUAAUGACAUGAAAGAAGAGAAUGCUCAGAAACUCAUUCAUCAAGAAAUUGAUUUUGACAAACCUGGAUUAGCACAACAUUAUUGUCUUCACUGUGCGAGAUAUUUCAUUGAUGAUCGUUCUUUAAAAGAACAUUUUCGUACUAAAGCUCACAAGCGAAGACUAAAAGACUUGGAAACAGAACCAUACACAAUUGAAGAAUCUGAACGAGCUGGGGGACUUGGUUCCUUUAGUGUUGCUAAGAAGAGAAAGGUAGAAACUCAGGAGUGUAACAGUGUUCUUGAGAUUAAACCAAAGGAACAGAAAAUGGAGAAUUAAUGUUGAAAUGUUGUAAUCAUAUGUUAAAACAAACUUUUUGGAAAUGCUGAAAUAUAGAAUUUUUAUUCCUAGGUUUAUUGUUUAUCGUCAUUAUGCCACAUCGCUUCUUUUUGUGCCAGGUGCUAAAAAAAGUCAACAAGUGUCUAUUGUUUCUCCACAUCUUGAUUUUGAUGACAGAUUUCGUAAUAUAUCAGAACUUGAAAGAAAUGUGAAGGCCAGAAGGUUAAGUAUUAAUGUUAAAAAAUGUCAUGAAAUGUGGCAAAUAUUGUGUCAUGUUAAUAAUAGUAAGAGUACCAUUGAGAAAAAGCGAGCUGAAAUUCCUGCUAAAAUUAAAGAACUUCAGGAAUGUGGCAAAGUACAAAAGGCAGAAAAAUACAUACAUCAAGCAAAACUAUUACGAGAAGAACUAAAGUCAUUGUCCAAAACUAUUUGGGAAUUGGAAGAGAUAUCUAUUCCUAAAGCUUUAAAUUUGCCCAAUGAUCUUCAUCCAGACACACCUUUGGAAAGUGAAAUUUGUCUGUACAGGAAUGAUGAGCCUCUCACAAAAUGCAGUGAAAGUCAUGUUGAAAUUGCUGAAAAGUUUGAUGUAAUUGAUUGGAGAAACAAUAAUUGUUUCUUUUUUUUAAAUAAUGCAGCACUGUACGAAACACGUGUACUGAGUGUGGUUUCAGAAUUAUUGAAAAGAGAUAAGUACAUUGAAGUUUCUAAUUCAGAUUUUGUUCGUAGUAUUGUUUUAGAAGGUUGUGGAAUGUCCUUUGACAAUCCUUCCAUUUCUUUCUUGCUCCAAGACGAUGGUGAAAAGAAUUUAAAUCGCUUACACUUAGUUGGAAGUGCAUCUCUUCCUUCAUUCUGCUGUUUGCACUCUAAACAUUAUGUUUCUGAGAACGUUUUGCCUCUGAGAUAUGUAACUGUGGGCCGUCAAUAUAAGCCCACUGAAGAAACAGAAGUGAAUGGACUUUUCAGCACAUGGCAGGAAACAGUUGUUGGAGUAUUUGUAGCUACUCCAAGUAUUUCUACAAUGAUGGAUGAAUUUAAUUGCCUGGUGAAACUUAUAACGAAGUUUUACCAACAAUUUAAGUAUCCUCUGAAAAUUGUUUAUGUCCCAGCUCAUAAAUUGCAAAUUCAUGAAAACUUGAGAAUGAGUAUUCAGAUGUAUUCACCUAAUUCUCAAGCAUUUAUAGAAGUAGGAAAUAUUUCAGUAUCUGGAUCCUUUUUAAGUAAGAGACUUCUCAUGUGUUAUCAAAAGAGUGACAAUGAAAACAAAUUCCUCAACAUUGUAUCAGGAACUCUUCUGUCAGCACCUAAAUUUAUAGGUUGUGCUAUGGAAAAUGAUUACUGUAGAAAUGAGGAAUUGCUUGUAUUAGAGAGAAUUAAUAAUGGUAUAUCUGUUGCUACAUAAACAUGUAUAUAUGUAUGUAUAAUAUCAAACAAGAUAUAACUUCGGCAAUAAACUUUAAUAAAAAGAUACAUGUAAUUGAAGAUGCAACCUAAUGUUAAUACAUUGCAAAUAUUUCAGUAAUUGUUUAUUAGUUAUUUAUUAGCUUGACAGAAAAUAAUCCCUUAAUAAUCCAAAGCACAUAUAAGAGCAACUCCCCUUUUUAUCCAGUGCUUUUGAGGCUCUCUGCUUGGUAGUUCCAUUGUUACCACAUAAUUUGUCGAGUGUCCUGUAGUAGAGAGUGUUCCUGCCCUUGUUAAUGUUUUAUAUACAGGAGAUUCAUAUACUGAAGAAGGCGUUACAUGGUUUUUCUCUGGUACCAUCCAUAUGAUGGGAAAUUCUGGAAGCAAUGUAUUACACAAGAUUGUAAUUAUGAAAUGAAAGCAGUAUCAUAUACAUAAUGAAUACUUAUGUUAACUUUCCAACCCAACUAUUUAUAAAUGCACAAAUAAGCAUGUCACUUUUAAUUAUAUUUCAGUCUACUAAUCAAUAUUAGGUUUCCUAACUGUUCUUGUGUUGGCUGUUAUCUGUUAAUGAAUCUAAAACAUACAUGAUCUUUAUACUCACAAGAUUUUAUUUUUAACAUGAUUUUAAUGAUUCAGAAUUUACAAGGUAUUCAUUUGAAUUGGUUAAUAACAUUUACAUAAUUGAGAGUAAAGUAUCAUUUAACUGUUUGUCACAUCCCUUCCUAACAAUCCUCUUGAUACAGAAAAUUUCUGCAAUUUAUGAAAAAGGCAAUAACAAGCAAUUAUUUUUAAUUAACGAUCAACUAGUCUUACUACAGAAUGGCAUAGACAUUUUCAUACUAGUGAAGUUUUCUAAUUUCUUUAGUCUGGGCCAUCUUACUGAUAUUUCCUCACCCUUUUCCGAUCUGCUAACUAUUGAACGUAAAAGAUUUUUUCACAUAUUCUCAAUUUUUUAGUACCUAAUAGAAGAAUUGUAAAGAGUUACAAUAUGAUAGAAAAGUAAGUUCUCGUCAUAUGUGAAUUUUCAUUGAAAAAUUUGAAGAUGUUUUGAAAAAUCUGGCCCAAUCAGGUUGAAUUCAUUUUUCACUAUCUGUAAAUGAAGAGGAAAAUAAAUGGAACCAUUUUUAAGGAAAUUGUUAUGAAUAUUUGCCCACAUGUCCCUCAAAAUUGCGUGAAAACUUAAAUAUCUUUUUUUAAAUUGUAAAUGGCAUUAAUUAAUACACUAAUUAUGGAAAAUAAAGUUCAUGUGAAGAAAAAA